AUGGACUCUGAAGACGAGCCAUCGGAGAACACGUUGAUCUCCCGUCCGGAGAUUCCGGACGGCCCUGACAUGGCAUCGCCUUGGGAUCCCAUAACGGCAGCCGCCCUACGCAAGCUUAUCGUACAGCUGGACACUGACGAAAGACUCGGACGCGUGGUUCGCUCGUGGCCACAAACUGAGCCCCGGGGCUGGGGUCUUCGCGCAAUGGACGGCCGCCUGGCUAGACAGUGGCGCGCCGACAAAAGACAAGUGCGCUUCCGCCAGUGCUACUUCAACCCAAUCUCCUGUUUCCGGAAG